AUGGGUCCAGAAGCGGGAACCCCACUAGCCUCUUCCGAAUUGGCUCGGCUCACGACUCCAUCCACAACCAUUGCCGUACCAUCACGACCUCGAUCGCCUUGUCCACGUCCCUCAAUUCGGUCUGUCCGCCGAACCCCCGACUCGAGCGAUCUUUCCCCCGGCCGACACAUCAACCGACGCUUCAUCAUGGCUGGCCACGGUCACCACAGCUUCAAUGGGCCCCCCAAGCCCCCGGUGGCUCACGUGCCCCGGAUCUAUCGAUUCACUGCCACUGCCCUGGGUGCUGGCAUGUGGUUCUUCCUGAUGUACCGGGCUAAGAAGGAUGGUGCCGUGCUCCUCGGUCUCAAGCACCCUUGGGACCACUAA